CCGUGCGCCUGCGCACAGAGCCCCGGCGCCGCGCCCGAACCAACUGCCUAGGCCGCUCCGCGCCUCUCCGGUCGGCUUCUCCGCUCUCCGCCCCGCCUUCCCGCGGCGCUCCCGGAACCAUGACCGAUCCCCGCGUGAGGCAGAUCAAGAUCAAGACCGGCGUGGUGAAGCGCUUGGUCAAAGAAAAAGUGAUGUAUGAAAAAGAAGCCAAACAACAAGAAGAAAAGAUAGAAAAGAUGAAAGCAGAAGAUGGUGAAAAUUAUGCCAUUAAGAAACAGUCUGAGGUCCUGCAAGAGUCCCUCAUGAUGAUUCCAGACUGCCAGCGCAGGUUGGAAGCUGCACAUACUGACCUUCUGCAGAUACUAGAGAGUGAAAAAGACUUGGAAGAAGCCGAGGAAUAUAAAGAAGCACGAUCAGUACUAGAUUCAGUGAAAUUAGAAGCAUGAAGACUUUCUGUACAGGAUGUUUUUGUGAUUUUAUCCUGGAAUCCAUUCCAUAAUUCGUUAUUUUGACCACUGCUCUGUGUUCAAGUAGGAUGAGAAUCUAAUUAUCGAUAUUUCUGACAGAAGUAAAAUCUAUUUGAAAUUUAGAUACUUUGCCUCAUAACUGGAUUGAGUUAAAAACAGGAUUUUUUUUUUAAGUAAAACCAAAACUUUGAUUAGCUUCUGAAUAAAGUGCAACUUCCUAAA